CAACGAAUCUUGAUUCUCGAAGAAGCAGCCAAAAGAGAAGGUUUCAGAAGAAAGAAGACAGAAGCGAGAAGCGAGGGGGGAGAAAGCCUUGUAUCUUGGAAUCCUCUCCGCCACCGCAAUCAUGAAUGGCUUUGAUGCGGAAUUAACCCGGUUGGAGCAAAAUGUCUCCGGUUUCGGCACCCUCGUGAAAGGUCUUCUGGGCGAUGAUUAUCGCCGCAGAGUCAUCCCAGCCCAACUCGACCAGCCGUUUCAACAAGUACAGGUAAUUCACUCGGAGCUGCGUGCUGCGAAUCAGGAGCUUUCAUUGCGGAUGGGGACGAAUGAUCAGGAAAAGCGAGAGCUCAUUCGCCUCAAAAUGAAAUUUGGUCGAAUUGAUCGAACUUUUGAUGAGUACGUAUGUAAGCUGGUCAGACAGGAUGACCGCUUUCGUAUUUAUGGGCGUAUAGGCGCGACUCAUCAGCCUGCUCGUGCUUCAAGCUCAACUGGUGUGCGGCCAGAACGGGAGCCAUCCAAGGAAGAUUUAAGACGUCUGUUGGCUACCCAUCAACAGCAGGACGCCCACGUAAGAGAAGUUCGGGAGAUUGAGGCACAGAUGGUAGAUCAACUUAUGCUACCUCUUUAUAACCAGGCAUUUGAUUUGACCAACCAGGAUGGGGAAGAUGGACCACUGACUUUUCUUGUCAGGGAUGAGGGGGAUAUUCAUGCUAUCUUUCGAUUCAGAGAGUAUCUGGAGGACCCUUUCUUGCUCGUCCUGGCUAACAACUUAACAGCUGAAGUGCGCGCAGACUUGAGGGCGCUGGCUGAAAGUAAGGACCUUCCAAUAGACUGAGGGCAGGUAGUGUUUUUUCUGUCUCGAGCUAAUCUAAGAAUUGGUUUUCAGUGUCCAACCUGCACUAAUAAGCCGUUGUGAGUUUAAUAGUGCUAAAGGGUAACUGCAUUUUCACCUUCAUACCUUUAAAAUUGACGUGUAACACCCAAGGCAAUUGCACGUGACAGUUCCAACUUGAUAUGUAUAUGUGGGCUCUAGUGCUUUUUAGAGCCAUAUGCUUGAACUUGAUGUGCCAUUGAGGCUAGGGCAACAUACAUCUUAGCUAAUAAACAUGCAACUAGUUUGGCAUAGUAGCUGUUUUCAGUUGCAGCAGAUUUUAUGUCCUUUCCUUAACAAUUAGAUGGUGGCCAUCUCCAGUGUAUUAUGCUCGAACAUAUGAUUUUGUGAGCCUGGGUUAUACCAUUGUUUCCGUCCGGGGAGUCUCGAGUUGGUUCUCGUAUCAGUCUUCUUUACAUGUUGGUUGGUUGAGACUUAAGACAUACAUGGAUAAGAGGUAAUGUGCUAGUUAGAAGUUUUUCCAUACAAAUGCGACACAUCAUUGCCACCCUUUGAAUUUGUUGAUGAUCACACUCAAGAAGAGAUGAAGAAACUGUCAAUGCAAAACGACAUGCACUGUGAUUCAGUCAUAUCAACCGCUAUUGGAGCACUGUUAUUACGCAUUUGGGCUUGCAACAGAGGUUUAAUUUAUAGCAGUUUCCAAUGUCAUCAAAUCUAACGUCAUGUAACUUUUGUUAGUCGUUUCUUUUACCACAAGAUAACUUGUGAAGCUCAACUUCUUGGAGCUGCUCUGUGUGGGUUACCUUGAGGUUCGCGUAACUGAAAAUCUCGACAAUCUACUGGCACUGGGAGUGAUCAAUAUAUGUAGUCUGGUUUGUGUUACC